AGAAAGGCCAUCUUAUGCCCCACCGCCCACCCCAGCCCCCACAACCCAAAUGCCCAGCACACCAGGGUUUGUGGGAUACAAUCCAUACAGCCAUCUGGCCUACAACAACUACAGGCUGGGAGGGAACCCGGGCACCAACAGCCGGGCCACGGUAGGAGAAUCAACUAUUACGUCAUCCGGCAAACAGCAAGAAGUGACCAGAAAUGGCUUUAGAGCAUCAUCUGGUAUUACAAUCCCCAAACCCCCCAAGCCUCCAGAUAAGCCACUCAUGCCCUACAUGAGGUACAGCAGGAAGGUCUGGGACCAAGUGAAGGCCUCCAACCCCGACUUGAAGUUAUGGGAAAUUGGGAAGAUCAUUGGAGGGAUGUGGCGAGACCUCACUGACGAGGAGAAGCAAGAGUACUUAAAUGAAUAUGAAGCAGAAAAGAUAGAAUACAACGAGUCGAUGAAGGCCUACCAUAACUCACCCGCCUACCUUGCCUAUAUCAAUGCAAAAAGCCGAGCCGAGGCAGCCCUGGAAGAGGAGAGCCGGCAAAGGCAGUCCCGGAUGGAGAAGGGCGAACCUUACAUGAGCAUCCAGCCGGCCGAAGACCCAGAUGAUUACGAUGAUGGAUUUUCGAUGAAACAUACAGCAACAGCCCGUUUCCAGAGAAACCACCGUUUAAUUAGUGAGAUCUUGAGCGAAAGCGUAGUGCCCGACGUCCGAUCUGUGGUCACCACAGCACGGAUGCAAGUUCUCAAACGACAGGUCCAGUCUUUAAUGGUUCAUCAGCGGAAACUGGAAGCUGAGCUCCUGCAAAUAGAGGAACGUCACCAGGAAAAGAAAAGGAAGUUCUUGGAAAGUACAGAAUCCUUUAACAAUGAACUAAAAAGGCUGUGCAGCUUGAAGGUAGAGGUGGACAUGGAAAAAAUAGCUGCAGAAAUAGCUCAAGCAGAGGAGCAGGCCCGCAAGCGGCAGGAGGAACGGGAGAAAGAGGCAGCGGAGCAAGCCGAACGCAAUCAGAACAGUGCCAGCACUGAGGAGGAGCAAGCAGCAAGCAAGGCCGAGGAGAAGAAGGAAGAGGGAAAUACUCCCAUGGAGACAGAGGAGCCUCCUCCAGAGGAAGCGAUCGAGACCCAACAGAACGGGGAAGGGACAUCCACUCCGGAAGACAAGGAAAGUGGCCAAGAAGGAGUGGAAAGCAUGGCGGAGGAAGGAACCAGCGAUAGCAACACUGGGUCAGAGAGCAACAGUGCCAUGGUGGAGGAGCCCCCCACUGACCCCAUCGCCCCAGAAGACAGUGAAAAGAAAGAAUGAGCCCAGAACCCAGUGUUGUUGUUUAUCUCUCUUUGUAAAGCGAUUGGCAAGGUGCUCUUUUGAGGGGGGGGGGGUAGUGUUUUGGGUUUUUGUAUGUUGCUCACCACCUCCCAGAUAUUAGGCAUUCUCAGUGCUCAGCCCACAGGUUCAGAUUUCCAAGGGCAAGCAAUAACCAAAGGCAUGGGGAGGGGAGGGAAAUCCAGGGUCUAAUCCAUUUGUGAACACAAGAAGAGCUCCGAGGAAACACUUUUGCAUUUGUGUCUGUUUUUUUAUGUUUGUGCCCGGGGAAGUGUUUUGGAGAACUGAAAAGGUAUCUCAGUUUCUCAUACUACCCUCCCGAGCAGUUUAGAAUCUGAUUGGUUGUUGAAGAGUGAAUUUCCAGCUAAUUCGUUCUCCCAUUUUCUGCAUCUCUUUUUAAAAGGAUGUGUGUUUCCAUGCUGUAGAUCUAAUAUUCCAAACUGUAGUCCCCCAUAAGGCAUAACUGAAAAUUUGGUUGUCUACAAAUUACCUUUUCCAUCAUGCAGAAUUGUUGUUCUGCAUUUUUAAAAAAAAUUCUACUAGAAACAAAAAAUUCUUAGUCUGCGAAGACUGUUGAAAAAUCCUCUAAGUUGUGUUUAUCUUCUCUACUUCCUGCUUCCCUCAAGUAUCUUUUUAAAAAAGAGUUCCUUGAUUUUAGAAAGUUUUUUUUUUUAAUGAAAACGUAUUAAUGCCAUGGUCAUAUGAUUUAUUUUUCAGGAGAGCACCAUGCAAAGAUAAGAUUACAAAUCAUAACAACAGAUACUUUGCUCUUAACAUUCCCUCCUUCGGUGUAAAAAAAAGAGACAGUUGUACUGUUAGGAUACAUAAAAAUGCUUGCAUUCUGAUGCCAAACCUUGGCAGUGUAAAUUUCAAAUCUCUACCAAAGGUUAAUGUAGCCAUGGAGGACAGACCUUCUCAGCGUAGCCUCCAUUUUCCUUUUCACAGCUGUCUGUCAGACAAAGAAACAGAAGGGCAUGCCGUUUGUUAUCACAAGAGAUGUGACUCUUCAGGGCAAUCUUUCCGCGAAUACGAGUAUAUGAUGAGAUAUCGUUAUGUCCUGGGGCUGUUUUGGAACACUGUGGGAUCUUUCUCUUGAUGGUUUUUUUCUUUUCCCCCUUCUGGUGCUCUUUGAUCCUUUUGUCAAGAAUGAUCUGAUACAUAGGUGUGGUGAAAAAGACCAAAAUCAGUUACUUGAAGCACCUUCUCUUACCCUUCUGAGCUGUGCCACACUCUGAAAGCUCUGUGGAAGCAGUUUGCAUUAAAUAAUGAAUUUGAGUUGAAAUGAACUUUUCAGAUGCCUUGCCACAUCCCAAAGUCAUUUUUUUUUCCUUUUUAAAAACAACCUGUCUGAAAAUUCCAGUCAGGGGCACGUUAGACAGAUGUCUCCCUAAAGGAGGUUUUUUUUUAUUGUAACUUGAAGUGAAGGCAAAACACAGGGCUUGUGAAUGCCUCCUGUUCCAUCUUGGUAUAUGGUUUUGUGUUAUUGAUUUGUUUUUUUUAAAGAACACUUCGUUCUGUUUUUAAAUAGUUUUGACAUAAUAAACUAGAAUGUGUUUUAAGAAAAA